AUGGCCUUCACCGAUCUCGACAUCGCAGCAGCGCCGCUCACUGACAUGGUCGUCUUGACCGGACUGGACUAUUCGAUGCGUCCGUCAAAUGUCCGUAUGGAGGCCGAGAAGGGAUGGAUCAAACCGUUCCCGGAGAUCAAGGUCAUGCACCAAAUCAAGUCACUGGCCGUCGUGGUCUACAACCAGGAAAAGCUGGCAUCUUACUAUCACGGCAACGUCUGCGAUGGCCGUAACGCACUCGCAUACUUCAUCUGCGCCAUGCACCGCCAGAGCGCUCCUCAGCCACAGACUCACACCCGCCAAGGCUCUGUCGUCAGCAACAGUUCCCACUCCAGCUCCAACUCGUGCAAGUCCACCGGGCGCACCAAGAAUUGCGAACUGCCGAAACUUGUCACGACCUCCAUGCUUCCCAUCGGGUACUGGGACAGCCUCUACUAUGCGCUUGUCGCCGAAAUCCGUACGCUGUACAACGACCUCCAGCAGCGCUUCGGCUUCGGCUGCGAGAAUGGCACAACUCCUCUUCACUACCUUGGCCAGGAUGGCAAGACGAACCAGCCGUUCACCGCUAUCGACUUUGCCCUGAUGCUCGAGAGUGCGUGGUACACGCUCAUGGACAACCGUCUCGUCGCCACACUCGAUGACGCAGUACGCAUGAGGAGGAUGCGUGAGAAUUAUGCGAAGCAAGAAGUCAACGGCAUAAACGUUCUUCAGCUCAACAAAAGAUAUGCGCCAGACAGACCACCGAUUAUGUACGGCUUGAUGGACGUCAACGACCUGUCGCCAGAAAUCAUCAACACUUUGCUGUGGGACAAGCAUGCGCCCGAGGUGGAUGCUGCAUGUUGCGAGAACUUCGAAGACGAAUCCAUGAUGACCGCACUCCGCGCCGAGCUACACCAGCAGCAGAUGGAGGAGAGUCUUGCUACCGUCACCCCACUGCCGAGCUCAAUGACUUGCACAUGCCACGCCACCUGCGUCUGCAAGCUGAAGUGCGACGAAAGCGGCAAUGGCUGCACCUGUCAAAACCGCGUGCAUCUGUACUCCAAGGUCCCUCUGAAGGACAAUGAGCAAAUCUCCGCCGCGAGAUACAUCAAGGAAGACGAAACCAUUCCGAACCGCUUCAUCGGUGCCAAUCCCACUGGCGUGGCUCAGUUGCAGAUCACGGCAACGGCAUAUCCCAGCUUGACGGCGAACGGCGAGCUUAACAAUACCAUCGGAGAGCCACGUACUGAAUCAACCCACCCCGAGCCGCGAGAGAACACAUUCCGCUUCCCCAGCAGAGCUCGCGCAAACACCGUCGAAAGCGACCUGGCCUAUGUACCAGAAGCUCGCCCAUCGCAGCGCCGCACGAAGGACACCUGCCCACUAGGCUUCUACGGUCGCCAGUCAGGACAACGCUUCCCCAACCUGCGCCCACAGUCGUCUGUCUCCCCGCUAGACGAAUACGGAUACUAUGGCGUCGAGCAAGGCACCGGCAAGCGCAUCGCCCGCAAGCCAGUGCCAAUGUCCAUCGCCCCGCCACCACCACCUCCUCUGUCCGCUCACACACCCCCGUACUCCCGGCUGGACCUGACACCGCCGAAGAGCAGUCCUUACGACCAGCUCGCCUUCUCUAACCAGGCGUACUACCCGCCCAUUCCGCCGUCCCAGAGCGAGGGCUUGUUCGAUCAGAGCUUCCAGACAACGUCCGAUACGAACGAUUUGUACGCGACCACAGACUCCUCUUUUGAGCAGCAGCACCAAUCCUACCAGCAGGCUUUCUCACCGUUCGAUGAUCGACAGCCGGUUACGCAGAGCUUCCCGCAGUCAUACAACACGGUCACCUCGUACAAUGCCACCGACUACGCCCUCAAGCAAAAGUCCAUAUCCUUCGACCAAGCCAACGCUGCCGACGCCUACACCUCCCUCCUGUCCCACCACCCAUCCACCACUGAAGGUCCCCUAGAGCCCUUCCCCCGCCUCAGCCGAGUCAUCACCACAAGCCCAAGCAAGAAAGAGCAAGACCUCCAGCAGCAAUCUCAGCAAAAGGGCCGCUCAACCACCCUCACCAACACCCUCCCAACCCUCAAAUCCUUCUCCGGCUCCAAGCACAUCCCCAAGAAAUCCCUCGACAAAGACCUCCCGCCGAUGCCGCAACCGGACUUCAUCGCUCCCCGCCCAGCGGUGAAGCAACGCUACGUCUCCGCCGGCGGCUUCGCCAAGUUGGCCGACCGUGUGGAGAUCGAGGCGCCGACGCGGGAGUCGCUCGGUGCGGCGCCGGUGCCCGUGACGCAGCAGCGGGCCAGCAGCGGCGCGUACUGGUCUAAAGAGGAACUGGACGAGAAGUUGGCGAGGCUGGAGUGGAUCCGGCAGAACUGCGGCGGGGCUGCCUUGGGCCAUCCGACGACUUCUGGGGUUGCUACGCCGGGGAGACGGAGCGAUGAGAAUGAGCGCUCUGGGCGAGGGAGUGAGGAGAGGAAGAGAAAGAGCAGUGGGUCUGAGAGGAAGAGGGUUAGCGGGGAGAAGGAGAAGAAGGAUCGCACGAGCAGUGGAGCGAGUAAGCGGGAGAGGUUCAAGAGGGUGUUUUCGCGGAAGGGGAGUGGGAGUGAGGGAGAUAAGGGGAUAUUGCUUGAGGAUGAGCAGCAGUGA